AUGGACAAGUUUUGGGCCUCUGACUCCAAGAAGGACAUUGAGGUGCUGGAGUGUGGCAAGGGCCUUGAAGACAAAUCUUGUGAGGAAGAGCUGAUGGAACUGUGGUUGUUUAGUCUUCAGAAGAAGAUGCUGAUUAAAAUGUUGGAUGGUUUGGCACCUUUUGAUUUUAAGACAAGUCCCUCCUGGAUGAACCCAUAUUACCUGGUUCUUGUGAUAUCCUUGGAGGUAACCUUCUUCAUCUGUGGGCUGCUGUUUGCCCUGGUUGUGGAAGAAUGGGUUUGGGAUUAUGCAGUAACAGUCACUGUUCUCCACAUCCUCAUCACUUCAGCUGUGAUGGCUGAAUUCCCCCUGAUGCUACACUGGUGGCUGGCAUUAGGGUCUGGAGUGAUUUCAAUGACUUGUGGAGGACAGCUUCUGGCCUACUACUUGUUCAAGGACAACUUCAUUUACCCAAUUCUAGAUGAUUUUUGA